AAUGCUUAAAUAAUAGUACCAAUUUUACUAUUAAAUCAUAAAAACCACAUUUGAAACAGAAUAUAAAAUUAAGUCAAGUGCAUUGGUUCUUCCAUCUGUUCUUUGUAAGGAAACGAAGUCUAAACCAUUACACUCUUCUUGACAAAUAGAGUUAGGGUUUUCGUGAUGCCAUGGAAAAAAGCGAGGUUAAGGAAGGUGAAUACCUUGAGAUCGGCAGUGGGGGAGGGAACAUUCAAGUUGUUGCAGAGCGCAGAUGACCGCUAGAAUCUUGAAUUUUCUAGUUACAAAGAUGGUUGAGCCAUUCGAAGAUGUUGCUGAACUUUAUGAAACUCCACUUGUAACUCAACAAAUACAUUCAAGCAAUGAUGAACCCUCACCAUUUAUGGAUGUUGGUGCAGAUGGAUCAAUUCUUACUAAGUGGUCUGAUAUGCAAGUUAUAAAAAAUUCUACUGGAACAACAAAGAAACCGCUAAAUUCAUUUGGUAUAGGAGGCGGCGUAAAAAAGAAGUCUAAGACAUCUGCUAUUGAUCAAAAUAUCCUUGAGUGUAUUUCUUUGAUGGUUGAUAGUGUGAAUGAAGUUGCUAACGCUAUCAAGAGCUCAAUAACUUCUCCAAAGCAAAUUCGAGAAAUGUAUACUGAACUGCUGUUUGAGUUAACAAAUAUUCCUGGCUUCUCAGAAGAAGAAGUUGAUACGUUAUAUGAUAAUUUAUCAAAAAAUCCAACACUGAUACCAUCUUUCCUUUCAAAACCUACAGAUUCGAAGGCUCGUUGGAUGCGUAAAGAAUUGGGAAAAUGAUUUAAGUUUUUGAAGAUUGACAUAUCAAUUAAGUUGUCAUAAGUAAAAAAUGUUUCGUUUUAGUUUGUCUUAAUUAUAACUAAGAAAA